UAAGCCAGUCUUAAUCGAUGCUCGAACAACAGAUCGGAAGUUGAAAGUCCAUCACCGUUUGAUUUCGUGCGGUUAUUUUUGCACUUUUGUUUCGCUCACUCGUCGGAAGUUUAAGCAGAAUGGACAACGACUUGACUUUCGCCUCUCGUCGUUCACCUGUGGUGUGUUUACACGGCUGUGUGGCGUCCAAUCAGCCGCUGGCUUCAAGUAUUGGGCUGGACAUCCUGAAGCGUGGUGGUAAUGCUGCAGAUGCCGCGGUUGCCAUAGCAGCAGCACUGGCAAUAACCGAACCGUGCAGCACGGGUCCGGGCGGAGACGCCUUCUGCUUGUUCUUCAACAGAAACACGGGAGAGAUCAGAGGCAUCAACGGCAGCGGUCGCUCACCCGUAGCUCAGACUCUGGACUACCUGGAAGGACGUGGCUACGCUGCAGAGACCCCUCCUCCACCUUUUGAUGCCCUGAAUGUCACCGUACCAGGGGCCCCUGCAUGCUGGUGUGAUACGGUGCAGCUGUUCGGUAGUCACAAGCUGUCCUUGCGGGAGGUGCUGAGCGGGGCGGUGGAGCUAGCAGAGGCGGGGUUUCCUGUCGCAGAGGUUGCAGCUCGCCACUGGGCGAACUGGGUUGCUGCUCUGAGAAGUGAUGGGAAGGAACUGGGUGGAGACCUGCUCAUCGAUGGUCAAGCACCUAAAUGUGGACAAGUAUUCAGAAAUCCUUCGCUUGCCCAGACCCUGAGGGAGCUCGGCAAGCACGGCAAACCCGCUUUCUACCAGGGCAGAAUCGCACAAGCCAUUGUCGAUAUUGUCGACCAAAACGGAGGAGUCAUGACCCUGGAUGACCUCGGCAGACACGACAGUGAGGUCAUCACCCCCAUGAGCACUGAAUACAAGGGUGUGCGUCUGUGGGAGCCUCCUCCUAACAGUCAGGGAUUGGCUGCCCUGCUGCUGCUCAACAUCCUGGAGAACUUCCCUCUCAAAGCUGCAGUCCAUAACAGCUCUGACUACAUCCAUGUACUUGUGGAGGCUGUACGCUUGGCGUCAAGUGAUGCUAUGAGUCACCUGGGCGACCCAGACCAUGCUACCAUCCCCUUAGAAACCUUACUGGACAAAAGCUACAGCCAUCAGCGAGCGCAGCACAUCAGCAUGGACAGGGCCAUGAAAGAAGUAGAGCCCGGCCUGACAACAGGAAGUGACACGGUCUAUUUCUGUGUGAUUGACAGCGACGGCAACGCCUGUUCAUUUGUCAACAGCAACUACAUGGGCUUUGGAAGCGGGCUGGUCCCUAAGGACUGUGGAUUCUCACUACAGAACCGAGGCGCCUGCUUUUCUCUGCAUCGUAACCACGUCAACUGUGUAGCAGGUGGAAAGCGGCCGUAUCACACUAUAAUACCCGCACUUCUCACUGACUCUGCUACCACAUCACAGAAACCCCGACUGCUCGCUGCACUGGGGGUGAUGGGGGGUUUUAUGCAACCGCAAGGACACGUGCAGGUUUUGUUAAACAUGUUGGAGUUUGGGAUGAAUCCUCAACAAGCUCUGGAUGCACCAAGAGUCUUUGUACAGUACGAACACAAAACUGAAGAAUGGUUGGUCAAUCUGGAGGAGGGGGUCGAUCAGGAGGUCGCCGAGGAGCUGAGAAGACGAGGCCACAGAGUCAACUGGCCAAUCACAGGCCACAAAAGGUCUCAGUUUGGGCGUGGACAAAUCAUCACAGUCGGUGAUUGGUGGAACCCAUCUGUCAGUCAAACUGAUACCCAGUCCAGGGUUCUGUGGGCGGGAUCAGAUCCGCGCGGGGAUGGAUGUGCUCAGGGAUACUAGACACAC